AUGAAAAGUUCCACAUUGAAGAAAUGGCUUCUCGUUUUCAUGGGUGCCACCUGUUUCUUAUAUUUCAGCAUCAUUCGACUUUUUCUCCCGAUAAUCAAUAAUGUCUCCGAGGAGUCAAACCUCGCCGACAUUCAAAGACCUGAUAAACUUCCUCUUCAGCACUACAUACAAGGAUGGAAUAUCACUAGAAACGUAAACUGGCUGUUACACUUUGCAAUUGUCGGCUUUCCGAAAACAGACGAACGUUGUGAAUUGGCAUGGAACCAGCAUGUCAAAUUGCUCAAAGAGAUGUACAAAGAGUACAAACCAAGCUUGAAGAUGGGUAUCAAGUGCCCUACGAAUCUAGAGGUGGACGUUGCGCUACAAAAUUACCAUAUGUUCUUUCCGGCUACAAAGUUUGUUGUCGGUCUCAGGCACCCCGUCCACUGGUUUGAAAGCUUCUACAACUUCCGCAUUACAAACGGCUAUGAUAUGCCCCCUGCAGAGAGGUUGAUUGGCAAAUGCAAGCGAGGAUUCCAGAAUGUGUGCACGUUUAGAGCAAACUUUUCACAUCACCUCGAGAAAAUUUACGAUGUACAACAGCAGCAAGAAACAGCUGCAUCGCGCCAAACUUUUCUAUAUCAUGUCGAACAACUUCGAGAUUAUGACGUUGCCAGAUCAUCGGUUUUCUUAAAGGAUUUGGGUGGGUUCUUGGGCUUGUCGGAAGCCUUGGAGCAACAGAUGAUUUGGGUCAAACCAGGGCAACGCCCAGCAUCGGUGGAAGAGAGGAAGACACUAUCGUCAAGGCGAAUAGAUAUUUGCGAGGGAAAAUAUUCCGAAUUGCGAAGUGUCCUCAUGGAUCAAGCAUCCCUCUCUGCCAGUUGGAUAGCUGAAAAAUUCGUCAAGAAUCCGAACGUCAGAGUAUCAUCGAUUGCCUACUUCUCCCAACUAUUGGACAAGUGGCACAUAGAUCCCUGUGAAGACCGUCAGAAAUAA